AUGUCAUUCGAAUCGAAUAAGAAACGGAAGAGACAGAUUCUAUCAUGCGGUAAUUGCCACAAGAAGAAAAGAAAAUGUGAUAGAAAACAUCCUUGCUCUAGUUGUAUCAAAUUGAGCAUUGAUGCUACUUGUGCGUAUAGCACCAUAUCCAACAAGAAACAGCAUUCAUAUGAUAACCACGGUUUCAAUUUCGAACAUCUGAGAAAACCAGGAGUUACAAAUAGCGAAGAACUGAAUAUAGAAAACGAUCCAUCGUUACACAAUAAAAUAGAAAUUUUGAACAAUAAGAUAAAGGACCUUGAAGCUUCUAUAACCAUAGCAACAUUGCAGAACAAGCAGAAAUCUAAUGAUUCAAGAAUUCAAUAUAAUAAUGACCACAAUAGCCAGAAAAGAUAUACGAACAUAGGUCCGGAGAGUUUGAAAGAUAUGAAAAACUUAGAGAACGAUUUACGCUUUACAGGCUACAAUCCUAUUAUGGCUGAUGAGUAUACAAUUAAUUUUCUUGAAUCAAUUAAUAAAGAUCCAAAGAGUGACAUGAAAGCUGUAUUUACUCCUUAUGGUCCUUUAGGAUUUUCUAUUUUGCUGAAACAAGACCCCGGUGCUAUUUUGAUAUGGAAGUAUUUGACUUCUCCUAAUCGAAUACAUUUUUCAAUCGAACCCAUACUUAAAAGAGAUCCGAAAGAUAAAAGUUUAGAAGAUUUAGAUCGAAGAUCACGUAAAUUUUACGGAGAUAAAUAUAUCAAAAUACUAGACAAAAAGCAUUCCGAUGCAGAUAUCACUGAAAUAAAGAAAGCUAUAUCUAAUUUUGGUUUGAAAUUAGGAAUCAGUUUUCAUCCUGCUGUGUUUCAUGAUGAAACUACUUUGUUAGAACGAAUCAGGCAAGUAUUACCAAAUAGAAGAACCCUUAAUAUGCUUGUUGAUGUAUUUUUUGAUACUUUGUAUCCUUUUUUUCCAAUACUAGAUGAAUCUGCCUUUCGGGCUGAUAUCUCUCGAAUGACUGGACAUACUAUUAGUGACAAUCUGGAUGAAGAAAUAGAAGAUAUUGUUCUAGGAAGUAAGCAUGACAUAGCUUUUUUAGCAACGUUAUUGAUUACUGUAAGAUUGAGCUAUUUGUCAUUGUUUAGUAAUUUGGUGGAUAAAAAUGAAGAGUUGCUAAACUCAAAGGAUGAUUCACUGACCUCACAAAAUAGACGGUUUUUGAUGGAACACCCGAUACCUAUUGAACUAAUAAGUAUUGCAGAGCUAUGUAUUAAAGAGUUUGACCUAUUAUCGGAAUCAAACUUGGCACUCUUCCAGUCUUUAUGUAUGAUGCAUAUUUAUCAUAUACAUGCCCCAGAAGAGGACCCUUCUAGCAAUCAUCAAUCAUCAAUUUCUAUUGGUAUUUUGUAUCAAAUGGCUAAUUCAUUGUUCUUGAACAGGGAUCCGGAUUAUAUAUUAUACUUUUCUGAGAGAAAAAUAGAUAAAAGACUAAAGAUAUUGAAAAGAAACUUGUGGUAUUUUUUAAUUUGCGCUGAUAUUAAGGACUCAAUAAUAUAUGGCACUCCAAUUUACACAAUUGAAUCGAAUUUUGAUACGAAGAAACCUUUUCUAAUUGAGGAUACUUCGAAUAUAAAUAACAUAGAGAAACAUACAAUAAUGGCGUUUGAUAAGUUAUAUCCUGUUUUUAUGUCUGCCCAUAAAAUUCUAAAACAUAUAUUUAGAAUCAAAUCUGAUAUGAAAAUUUCGGACCUAGCUAAGCGGUUAUCUGAUUUUGAAAUUUUAAUAGAGGAAACCCUAGGAAAUUUGAAGGAAUAUUUAGUACCUGAUAGUUACUAUCCAGAAUUUUUGAAGAUUCAGAAAUUUAAUUUAUAUGUAUAUUGCAAAUUGAUGUUGCUGUAUAUUUACUAUUGCUUUUUUUUAUAUUUUGAAAACAGGAAUGUUCAGUUGAAUUUAUUUUAUUUUAAAAAGCUGUGGGCUAUUAUAAAUUACGAAUUGGGUGAUAUUUCUAGUAACUUUUUAUAUUAUUGUGAAGAUUACUUUGGAUCAGGGUUUGCUUUAAUUUUUACCCCAAUUUUUGAAUAUUUAACUCGUAUGAGAAUGUUAUCUUGUCAAUUUCAAGUUAGACUCAAGAUUACACUCCGAUCUAUAGACAUGAAUACAUUUGUCAAAAUUCCAAUGAGCAGUUCCCUGGUGAAACUCUAUGCUAAAUCACUUAAUGCUUUGAUCGACAUUAUCAACGAAGUAGAGAUGAGGUGUGAAGACUCAAUUUCAACUUUGAGUGAAAGGUACUUUUAUGCGUGGAAGACCACACACUCUUAUAAGUAUGGCCGGAGUAUACUAAAUGAUGACACAUUAUAUGAAGUUGACCAGGAAAGUAGUCUAAAUGCUAAUUUGAAAUAUUCUCUUGAUCAAAUACAACAGUUAAAGGACUUACUUAGCUGUUGUAUAAAUGUGACGAGAUCUAAACCUUCAAACGCAUUUACCAACAGGGCUGGCUACAGGGAUAGUACAAGGAAUUUACAUAUUCUUCCCUCUUCAGAAGAGCGCGUGCUCAUUGAUCAUCAAAUUGAUAAAUUAUGGUAUCUGUUUGAUUUGAUAAAACAGGAAUUUUUAACCUCACGAAAUAGAAUUUCUGUAUAUGAUCAAAGAAACACAUAUCCUCCAGGAAGUCUUCAUCCGGAAGACUCUAAUGCUGGAUUCAAUUUUGAUUUUGAUAGUCAUAUAUUACAUGAAAAUAACCUAUUUGGAAAUUUUGCAAUUGAUGACUUCUUCUCUGAUAAUAACUUUAACAUUAUAAACUAA